AUGUGCUCUGUACCACUUUCUGCCAUUCCCCAGCAUAAAGCCGUGUGCUUCGUGCUCGUCUGUUGCAGCAAACACGGUGAAACAGCGGCCGCCUCCAGAGAUGCGAGUGCAACACCUCCCCAUCAACCUCGUGAUGAACGCACCAUCCACGGGGUGCUUGUAAUUACUUGGCAGGGGAGUAUUCAAGCAGCAAAGGAGCAGUGUAUGACGCGAUCGCCGCGACAAGUCGCAGCCGCCUACAUCAAUUGCAAUGGCGAAAUCAAGACGGGAGGCGAGCAAAUAGGUGUCACGAGGCACGAGUGCACAGGUGGUGAUGAGCUUCAAAGACUGGCGAAUGCCUCCCCACUUUCUUCUUCUACCAUGCAAAAAGCAGUCGUUGGAAAACCACUGCUUCCUAAUAACAGCUACGUCCACUGA